AUGACUGUUAAAGCGACUCAUCUGGAACUAGUAGGUGAUUUGUCAACGCCGUCUUUCGUGGCUGCUUUCGAUCGGUUCUGUGCUCGUCGAGGUGUUCCAACCGCGAUGUAUUCGGACAACGCCACUAAUUUUCAGGGAGCUCAACGCGAACUAGCUACUGCUUGGCAUACGGCUACUCACGAUUCGAAUAUUUUAAACAACCUCGCGGAGAAAGGCAUCAGUUGGAGAUUCAUUCCUCCGUCCUCUCCACAUUUCGGUGGAUUAUGGGAGGCCUGCGUUCGGAGCGUUAAGUUUCAUCUAAAGCGCGUCAUCGGUGCUCACACGCUCACAAUCGAAGAGAUGAGCACCUUAUUAUGUAAAGUCGAAGCGUGUCUAAAUUCGCGGCCUCUCGGGCAGAUGUCGGAUAAUUACGAUGAUUAUCACGCUCUUACUCCGAGCCACUUUCUCAUUGGAUCCUCGAUGCUAACGAUGCCAGAAACGUCUCUACUCGACGAAAAGGAAACGCGUCUUACCCGAUGGCAGCUCAUUCGUCAAAUGCGCGAUAGUUUAUGGAAGCAAUGGUCACAGGACUAUCUGCACACGUUGCAACAACGGCCUAAGUGGCGUGAAAGGCAGAGUUUAGCCCGGUAG